GGUGCUUAUCGUCUCUACAACUCCGGAUCCGUGCACAUCAAGUGAUUCCCGGGGCCUAACCACCGCAGGCGCUUGCACUUCCACACUACCACACCAAGACUCGCGAUGAGAUCCGCGGCUGUUUCUCGUUUCACGGCGCUUUUAUGCUCAGUCGCCAUCUUGUCCCUCUCGUUGGUGGACCGUACCUGCGCGACUCGGGGUUCAGAUGACGCACCCGGUUCAGAGGAAGGCAGCUCCAACGUUCAGGACGACAAACCGUCCUGGAACGCCGUCCCGUCUGAGUCGGUAAUGCUCCGACCUUAUGUUUCCUUCUUGACACGUCCGUCAACUCUGACCGCUUCGAAAGGAUUUCCUUUCGUCCAGAGGAUGGUCAGAUCUGACUAUUCCAAUCACCCCUUCAGCUUUCUCAAACGUGGAGUGAUGAUGGGUGUGGAUCUCCCUGACUUCAUCAUGAAUCAGCAAAAUGGAAAUCGAAUCCAGGCUUUCCGGAACCGUCUCAUCCAGAGCGGUCGACGAUAAGCCGCUGUCGGUGGACGUUGAUUGGCGUGGAGGGGGAUAGUUUCC